GCGGGCUGGCAGUGGGGCUGUCCGUGGGGCUGGCAGCCUGGCUGGCCGUGGGACUGGCCGCGGGGCUGGCAAUCGCGCGGGCCGUCCGGCUGGCCGUGGGGCUGGCCGUAGGGCAGGCCGCGGGGCCAGCCGUGGGGCUGGCAGUCGGGCUGGCCGCGGGGCGGGCCCACGGGCUGGCCGUCGGGCGGGCCGCGGGGCUGGCAGCCAGGCAGGCCGCGCACGUGCUGGCAGUCGGGCGGCACGGGGGGCAGGCCGCCGAAGUGGCCUUGGGGCUGGCCGUGGGGCUGGCAAUCGGGCAGGCCGGGGGGCUGCCGCCGGGCUGGCCGUGGGGGAGGCCGUCGGGCAAGCCACGCGGCGGCGCCGGCCACCGCGCCAACCGCCGCCGCCGCCGCCGGCGUGGAACCGACAGCGGCGGCCGCAGUGGCGGCGGCAGCGGCCGCCGCGACAGCGGCCGCCACGCCGGCCACGGCCCGCCCGCCGCCGCCGCCGCCGCCAGAAGGGAGCCAACGGCGGCGGCAGCAGCGGUGGGGCGGCGGUUGCGGCAGCAGCAGAGGCGGCCGGCAGGGGCAGCGGCAGCGCCCAGGGCCGCGACGCCGGAGGCGGCGGCGGCGGCGGCGGAAGCAGGGCCCGAGAGGGUGCCGCCCUCGGGCGGCGGCGCGGCCGCAGCGGCCGAGGCGCCGCCCGACGCUGCUGCCGCCGCCAACGCGGAGCCACCCGCGCCCGCCGCAGAGUGGGCGGCCGCGGCAACAUGGGGCGCGGCCGCGCGCGCGGCCAGCAGGGCCGCGCGGGCCCCAGCGGCGACGGCCAGCCAGAGGCCGGCGGCCGCCGCGGCCUCCGCGGGGUCCAGGGCAGCGCCGCACUUGGAUGGCCGCGGCGGCUGCUAG